AUGCUCAUUUUACAGCUGGUGCUAUUAUCGCCGGUUCUUUGGCUUUUGCGGCAAUUGCAGGCGAAAAAGACUUUAUUAGGUUGGAUACGGCCCCAACAGGGAAGAGAAAUCACCGUUGAUGAAUUACAGAAACAUAACAAUGAAGAGGACGGUGUAUGGGUAUGUAUCAAUGGACUUGUCUAUGACUUGACAGACUUUCUACCAAUGCACCCAGGAGGAGCCAAAAUCAUUCUUCACUAUGCUGGUAAGAACGCCUCUACAAUUUUCAACAAGUUUCAUGCCAAGGACGUUUUCACCAAAUUUCUCGAUCCGGAGAAAUGCUUGGGUCCUCUUGUGGGAGAUUUGGAACCCGCCGAGGACAUUACUGCGAGCGAAGAAGAUGAAGAGCGGGAGCAACUCCGAGGACAAUUGCCCAAAUUGUCCAAAGUUUUCAACAUUUCCGACUUUGAGUACCUUUCCAAACGGAUUCUUACUCCGCAUGCAUGGGCCUACUAUUCCAGCGCAGCCGACGACGAGAUCACAUUGAGAGAAAACCACUAUGCCUUUAGUCGUAUUUUCUUCAACCCCAAGGUGCUCACAGAUGUUUCUGAUGUGGACAUUAGUACUGAAUUUUUGGGAGUAAAAUCCUCUGCUCCAUUCUACUGUUCAGCCGCGGCCCAAGCUCGUAUGGGUAACGAGGAUGGAGAACUUUCUAUUGCUCGGGGAUGUGGAAACGAGGGCAUUAUCCAGAUGAUUUCGUCGACUGCGUCGUACUCGUUGGGGGAAAUCGUCGAGGCAGCCAGAAAAAACCAGCCUCAAUGGUUCCAAUUGUAUGUCAAUGAAGACAGAGACAUUUCUUAUAACACUAUCAAGCAAUGUGAAAAGCUCGGGCUCAAGGCAAUUUUUGUGACGGUGGACACUGCUAUGCUUCGUCGGAGAGAAAAGGACUUGAAGUUUAGGUUGUUUGACGAUGAAGACGAGGUUAGCUCAACCGAAUCGCAUGCUGACGAUCCACUCAUGAACUUUAAAGACGUGCGGUUGACCUGGGAAGACAUUGAUAAGUUCAAGUCGAUGACGAAGCUUCCUAUUGUAAUAAAAGGCGUCCAGCGGGUUCAAGACGUGUUGCUAGCCAUUGACCAUGGGGUAGACGCAGUAGUAUUGUCGAACCACGGCGGACGGCAGCUCGAUUUUUCUCGUGCUCCCGUCGAGGUUUUGGCGGAUGUGAUGCCGGUUCUCAAGGAAAAGAAGUUGGAAGAGAAAAUCGAAGUGUAUAUUGAUGGAGGGAUCCGUCGUGGAACCGAUGUAUUAAAGGCAUUAUGCUUGAGGUGCAAAAGGCGUGGGAUUGGGCCGGCCAUUCCUCUACGCCAAUUCCACCUAUGGUGA